AUGAUUGAAAAUGUUUACAAACACAUUACAAAUUUGUUAAAUACUUGUCUUCCUAUGCCCUUGAAUAGCUUAAAUUACUAUCCAUAAUUAUUAGAAUACUUUGAAAAAAACAAUAUCAAACUAAAUUCAAUAAGUUAUUCUAAUGAAAUAUUUCAACCUAAAGAUUUAAAGUUAAUUUAUGAAGUUAUUAGUUUCUUCUAUAAUUACCAAAAUAUUCAAAAUUCCUCAGACUUGUUUACAAUCUUAACAUAGGAAGAUCCUCAAAUGUAAAAGACAAUUGAAAACUUUUUAAAUCUUUGGAUACUCCUAAUCAAAGCUAAAUAACAUUAUGAGGAUAAAUAAAAGUAAUCUUAAGAUAUCCAGAUGAAUAAUACUAAAAAAUCUGAAACAGUUGAGGAAGAUGACAAAGUUAAAUUUGACAUUAAUUUCGAACGAAAUAAUGAUGAAAUUUAAAAAUUUUUAGAUCAUAUUAAUAAAGCUUUUAUAGAUUACAAAGUAUUUUAUUAUCUUUUUAUAGAACCCUCAACCAAACCUUCAACAUUAACAAGAUUUUUUGAAUUAUUCUUAAAUUAGUGAUUUUCAAGAUUAAGAAUAAAUAGAAUUAUAUUAAUAAAGAGAAAGUCAAUAUGAUUAUGAAGAUUUGUAGAAAUUUUAAUAAUCUAAUUGUUGGACACAAGAAUGA